AUGGCAAACAGCACAAGCGUGAUGGAUGAUUUCAAAACACCCGAUCGGAAGCCCGCUUCUUCAGACCGGGGUCAACCAAAAGAUAUGUCUUCAUUCGAGUCAAAACGAAAUAUAUCAAAACCUGCGACCGUAACACCAGCGGAAUCCACAAUCAUUAGAGACCCAGUCAAGGCAGAUCCGAAAACGCUUCAAAUUACAAGUAGUGUAGAAUCACCGGAAGACAAGCAUGUUCGAUUUGACAAGAAAAAGCAGGAAGAAGAGAACGCAGAGACACCUGAAGCCAAGAAUCGAAGGGGAGCAGUGUCAAGGAGGGGUGGGAGAAGCGGUUCGCCAGGAAGGCCCGGUACAGAAAUGGAAUCGACAGUUCUAGAGUUUAAGACUUUUCGAAGCCCUCAAAGAAAACGAGAAGAGUUGGAAACUGUGCCUUCACUAUGUUCUACCAGUAGCGUCGAGAAAGAGAAGGAAGGACCAGCAAAAGCUAAAGCCAAGGAUGCGAAAGAAACAAACAGCGAAGAACAAAGCAAACCCGCUUCGAUAUCAUGCGAUGCAAACAUGAACCAAACAAGUCCUUUGGGAGACAGUGCUGAGAAUGGGGUUGCAGCUGCAACAAAGUCCAAGCCUUCAAAGUUCGAAAAAGCAGAAGGGAAGAAGAAUAACGUUACUUUUUCGCCAGUGCCUCCUACGAAGGAACAUGCGGUCGUUAGGACGCCAACGAGAACUCCCACAAGGGGAAACUUUCAGACUUUGCCCAAUUUGGAUGACGGAACAUUGAGAUCGCCGGGUGGUUUCUUCCUGUCACCACAACCUGGAACUCCCUCAUACCGUGCGCUACAAGAAGCUGGGUCUUUUGAUACCACUGAAAUGGGAAAAGAUUCAAAGAAGGACAAGAUGGAUGAAGAUUGCAAGCCAGCUCCGAUGAGAUCUCCCAAGACGCCGAAAUCGCCAAGAACACCAAAGAGGGAAGAUAGGGAUCGAUUUAUUGCCACUCCUACCGACUUUGCAGCUGAUUAUGGAAAGCAUCCGAACUCAUCAUCGUUCGACAGCUCUAAUGUUCUUGCAUGGUUGCAAUCUCCAACUUCGAAUGGACUGUUUUCUCCAGGAGGAUUCGCAUCAAUGUUGAACACUCCAAGGGGAGCCCCUCGAACACCAAGGACUCCCACUGUUAGCACCUCGUUUUUCUUUUCUGAUGUUGCUGGAUUGCCGCGAAGUGGAGACUAUACCAUUUCACCAAAGCCUGGAGAUAAUGCGAAGCGCGGAAGUCGGGGAUAUUCUAAUAUCAUCUGUAUUUCGCCAUUGGCAUCUUCCAAGACAAAGAAUGGGACUUCACACACUCCACCAGCCAUAAAUUACCGGGACAUGUUUGCGUCUCCAGAAGGGAGACCUCAAAGCCUAUCAUUCCUUGGAGACUCACCAGCAAAGGGGCUCAAGGCCCGCGGGAUCGUUCGCUCGGCAAACAGAGAUCCAAGUUUGGAUGCUGUGCACCUAGCGGAACGUGAUCUUAUGGAAGACGAAGAUUUGAGUGUACUGCUCCAACUCGCCUCAAAUACGCCAAGCCGGGCUGCUGCUGGAGAUCGCCCAGUCACUGUAUCUGGAUCAGAGGGCACUGAUGUUUUCCGACCUCCAAAGAGUGGAAGCGGUGAUGAGAAUCUACCAUCUCUCCAAUUACCGAUCAUUGGGGGACAGGACAAUCACGGGAAAGGAGCAAGACUAGCCAGAAAGACCCAUUCUCGGGAUCACGGCGACCCCACAGAAGUAUACAGAAUGCAUCCGGAAGAUGUAGCAAAGGCUAGUUAUGCAAAGGAGAAGGCGACGAGUGACAAGUCUGGGGACAAGCGAAAAGACGAACAAAGUAGUGAUGGUAUGAAAAAGCCCAUGAAACAAGGCAGUCUACAUCCUCCAAGGCCUCCAUACCCGUUACCGCAUCCGUACGAAGCACACCCAGGUGGCUAUUAUAUGCCUCCUGGUAUGCCGCAUGGUGGAAAUAUGAGGGUUGUAGUGGGAGGUCCUCCGCCUCCUCAGCGUGGAAAAACAUCAGGAUCACCGAACAGACCACCACAUGGACCAAGGCCACCCUAUCCGAUGGGACCAAAUGAUCCGAAUUAUCCUCCGCCACCCUACCCUCCACCUCCUGGACAUUAUCAUCAUCCAGGAGUUCCACCACACCACAUGCAUCCUCAUUACGGGCAUUAUCCACCACAUCAUCACCCGCCACCACGGGCGCACAUGCCCUUGUAUGGGGCUCAACAUCCCCCACCGAAGGGAAAGCUGCCAAAGAAACUGCCAAAGGCACCAAAACCAGGUACUAAGCGACCGCUAUCAACUCCUAUUCAAAAGGUACCUGCGAAAAAGAAGAAGUCAUCGCCUCCAAAGAAGAAGAAUAAAUCACCUCAAAUUACUGAUAAAGUGGAGCGCCAAAAAGCUGCUGCUACAAUUCAGGCAGUGAAUGCUGCAAGUGGGGGAAAGAAUGAUAAAGCUGCUGCUCUAGCAGCUGCGAUCUUGCGUGGAGUCACUAUGAGACCGUCAGGGAAAUGGCAGGCGCAGCUGUACUUUGCUGGCAAAUCGCGUUACAUUGGGGUGUUUGAUACCAGGGAGAAGGCUGCUCUUGCUUACGAAAUUGCACGAGAGAAGUUGAAGUCAGAGAAGUCGAACGCGGAAGGAGGCCAACUCACUCCGAAAGCAACGGAAGCGGCUGUGACACUGGCGAGGAAAGCUGCUUUUGAAGGAGUAAACGAACGCGAUCCUCGACUAGCUGUGAAAUAG